CCCGCAGUAUUGACAAGACCUGCAGCCAAGCCACGCGGGCCCGUCUCAGGGCGUGUAGCGAGUUGCACCUGAGGCUUAGAUGCGAUCGACACGGUUUCGGACGGCAUGCAACCGCGACACUGUGUCAUGACAUGAGAGCGUUGUGAGCGUAUACUUCAAGCUGAGUACUUUUCAGCCAAAAAUGGGAUAUCGUCUCUCCUCUCGCAGCUUGUCCCUGCCCCGGGUUCACGAUAAUCCCCAUGGCGCAACCAGCCUUUGCUUCUCUGACACUUGACCCAUUCGAGGCUUUGGGUGUUGAGCGUGACGAUUCAUAUGAAACCAUUCGGGCAAAAUAUCGGCAACUGGUGCGAAAGUACCAUCCGAAUAGACAUCGAGGGGACAAUCCUAGUGCUUCGGAUUUGUCUCACCAUUUUCAUCGUGUUCGUGAAGCAUGGGAACAGCUGGAGCACGCGGCUAAUCGCAGACGAUGUGUCGAACUUCUCAAGCUGCUGGAUCUUCAAAGUGCCCUCGAAUCGUACGCCUUAGAGGCCAGGAAUCCGUCAUCCCCACAACAGCAGCAAACGUCUGGUAUUGACAGUCACAACUCGAGUGACGCUGACGAAGACCUGCCAAGCACCAGUCUUCGGCGUAGACAGACGGUACUCAACCGACAUAGGAGCGGAGAUCAUGGCGAUGUGCCAGCCUUGGAGUCUGCGACCCGCAGUGGCCGUCGACCACAAGGCUCCCUAUCCCGGAAGUUUUUCAGCAUUCGAGAUGUCGCCAAGUCAAUCACACCUGGGGCGCGGCAGGAUGAAUCUUCCAAGACUUCGGAAGAGCGCCGGCAAAAGAUAUUGAAAUUACGCAGGAAAGAGUACGAGGCCUUCAUAGAAUAUCGGGAUGCAAAGCUUGUUCUACUAGAAGCGGAGAAGAAAACAGAAGAGUUAGAGGAGCGGUUUCAAGAUGCCAGGUUCAAGCGGGAAUACUUCGAGCGGAUACCAAAAGAGACAAGCGAAAUGAUGCGGUCGUUCGCUACCAAAAUGGGUGCUAUCAGGGCUUUCAACUCGCAUGCGCCGAGACGACAGAGUGUACCGGAUGCGAGCCACAACAUCUUGUCCCCGGUAGCGACAUCACCUCCCAGCAAUCAGUUCCUGAUCCCAGACAACUUGCUAUCGCGAAAGAAGUCGAUACAUCGCAGAGGAUGGAGCAGUGACAUGAGCGGUGACCAGACAAGCAGUGAUGAAGAUUUGCCCGGCCCAUCAAGAUUACGAUACUCACCCUGGUCCGGUCAGUGGGCAUCAAUAUCGAACCUUGUUCAGCCGCGAGGCCGUUCUCCUGCCUCGCUACCAUCCGAUCCGCCGGAUGCACAGGAUGGGCGCUCUGAUUCUGGAAGAGUAUCCCGAGCGUCGAAUGGGCGUGGUCCAGUAGAAGAGUUCAAACUCCUCAUACGCCCGCCCACUGCAUACGUCACAGUCGGAGACGGCCACGAGUCCAGCGGUGAUAGUCAAUCUCGGUCACUUUCUCCGCAGAUGCCUGUCUUCGAAUAUCCCGAGUCGCGUUUCCUGGUCUGCAAACCACCAGGCCUCGUAGAGAUGUUUGGUAUUCAACAAGAUGGUCGCGCUCGAUCACCGAGUCCAGCUGCACCUCGGCGCCCCUCGCCGGCAGAGCCUAAUAGUGCUGCAGCGACAGCUGUCCUUGAAGAAUUUCAGUUCGGCUUCAAGGACUCGGUGCCUCCGCAGCAUAAACGCGUGCCACGGCAAAAUGUACAUCAUGUGUCGCAAAUCGUCGAGCACCAGCUGUUGAGCUUUGAGCCCGAUGCUGAGGCAGACCCCGCUCUGUUACUCGAAAGGCUGUCGCGCCUCGACAAGAACAUCGCUCAAAAAUUUGUAGUGAAGCGCGAUACGCGUAAACAGUUCAAUUUCAGACUCGUGUAUGGACGACCGCAAACGGCUCACGACAGCCAGACUUCCUUCAUCGCGUUGAGUUAUCGGCGAAGACUCAUAGUGGAGAAGCGGGCUGAUCACUACACUUUGCCCCUCGACCCUGAAAUCUUCCAAGCAGUCUGGGACGAGCGCAUGUCAGAAAGCGAAGGAAUCUGGAUCGACCAAAUUUGCAUCGAUCAGGAUUCGGAGGCCGAGCGAACCAUCUCCAUGUCCGCAAUGGACCUGGUUUAUCGGAAUGCCAGGCUUAUCGUCGUUGCUCUUGAUGACAUUGUGCUCGAGAGCCAUGAAGGUGAGCUCCUCCAGGCUCACAUGAAAGAGUACAUGAGCCUGCAACACGUGGCUGCAAGGCAGCGCUUUCGUCACAAACAGCCGCCUUAUCUCGAAUCCCGUGAGGACUUGUUUCUCGUGGUCAGAAAGCUUCUUACUUCAUCCUGGUUUGUGCGAGCUUGGUGCAGGCACGAGAUGAGACUUGCCAAGAACCACGUUUUCUUGGUCCCCUGCAAGCGAGCAGGUUUUUUCCAAUCGAGGGAUGUGCUGCGCUUCAACGGAAAAUGCAUUGCACAUUUGUUAGCCCUUGCUACCGAGGUUCCAUUCGAGCCCGCCAUCGAAUCGAUCAAGCCAGCUUUGUAUGCUUUCUUCAGUGAUCGCAGCAAAGUCGCUAGUAGUCCGCCGAUAGCACAAGCGCAUCAUGGCAACUUUUCAACGGUGAUUGCGGAGGUCUUUGGCAUGGAGGCUGGUGGUGAUCCUCGGGUUCCAGCCGAACAAAGGCAGUCUGACGCUCGCAAAGACAAGAUUGCAAUCAUCCUCAAUACCAUGGAAUGCGGGCUGGCGCUUCACCCGGGUGUUCGGAUGCCAAAAAUAAUCGUCACGGACAAUGAAUGUUUCCACUACCUACUCCUCCUCGCGCUCGCAGCACACGAUCCUGGUGCUUUGUGUUCCGUAGGUCCGCCAUUACCGAUCUACAAUACCAUGAACACUUGGCUACAUGCGCCUACUGUCGCUGACUCUGGACUCAACAAUUACAAGACACUCACUCGUCUCUGCUCAGACUCUCACUUCAAAACUUACAACGAUGGGUCUGGGCCUUUUCUCGAGCUCGAUUUGAUAUUUCUAAAGCCCGAUGAUGUUGUCAUGCCCGAUUCCACGAUUCACCAGGCAGAUGCAAAGUCUCGCAUGUAUGUGCCACAACAAGACCCGGAACGAAUGGCUCUCGCCGAACGAAUGGUUUCUCUCUGCUUAAAGGAGAAGCUCGGACGGAACAGAAAGCGCUAUUUACUACACGAGCGUAAAUCCGAGGCGCUUUUCGGCUCGAUGCGUGAUCUCUAUGUCGAGACUAUGGCAGCAGUCAUCUAUUGCGGCCCGACCUGGCUGGGUGAAAUUUGCCGACGCUACCGGGUCGGACGCUGGAAAGUUGAGCUUCUGCAGGGAUGGCAAUUACUUGUCGCACUGCAGAACACGUGCGGCAAAUGGCCAGAAGAAAUGUGGGCUGCCAACAAUGCUGUUGGAUUCCUCAUGGACUUUGUCAACUUUCUCAUCAUCCGAGGUCUGCCUCAGCGCCAGAUUUCGAAGCGUGAAUUGUGGCGACCAAUCUGCGUGUGCAGCGCAGCAGGGGGGAACGUACUGACCUUCAUACCGUCUGAGCGUAGCCAUGUUCGUACGGCUGUGCCAAAGAUAUUGGUCAACGACGAUUACGCGCAACUCGCGCGACUUUGGGUUCUCGAACCCCGCGAGCCUCGGCAUCAACGUAGUGAUCUACGGUUGAAUGAGUGCGAUGAAUGGUCCCUUUUGGGCAAGACAGUUGUCUUCAGCGAUGAUGUUUCGAUCGAACAGAUGAACUCAUUUCAUGGCGACUACCGAGAUCGACAAAAGGUGUACGGGCGUGGCUCGCUGUGAGAAAGGGGAGAGAAGUUUUUAAAGUCUUACCCAUGUUCGAAAUAGAUAUGCUUCAUCAUUUGCACAUGCAAUUCAACGUGGCUUCAGUAGUCGUUUCGAGUACCGUACAUGCAACGCUCGUCAUCUGUGUUGCCGAUGCUGCAUCGUUACACUAUUUCAUCGU